AUGCAUGAAAAAAUACCGCCAAAUGUUUCAUUGAAAUUCGCUAUUCAUUUCGUCGAAAUUCCGAAAUUCGUGAAAGUUUCUGGAAGCGGACGACAUUUGAGUGUUUCGGUCAAGUGCACAUCUAGCAGGAAUAUUCCAAUCAAGAUGUCGAAACUUGAUUCGAUGCACGGAUUCCUUGUGCCAAAGUACACUCUACACGACUUCGAUGACGGAGAAGAAAGCAAAGUGAUUCGCAUGAUAUUCAGAUUGUCGAAAGUGCCUUUUGAUUUUAAGCACGUUCAGAGAGAUGAUUACAUCCUUGAAGAUUAUCCAUAUUUCGCACUUCCAAUGCUAGAAAUGAACGAUCGCAAAUAUGGAAGUGUGGUGUCAAUUUGCCGGCAUCUUGCAUGGAGAUAUAAUUUAUCUGGUAAAACCGCCUAUGAUGACGCGCUUGUUGAUGAUAUCGCCGAAAGCGUUUUCGAGAUUCGAAUGCAAGUCAAAAACUGGAUAGACCAUAUUGAGCAUGCUCCAGAACACGCCUGUGAUGAGGUUUGCACUCGCAACGACGCUCAUUUGCCACUCACCGCCCGACUUUUCCCAGCGCUUGAGAGACGUCUGCAGGCCACAAACACAUCAUGGCUAGUUGGACAUACGAUGACUUGGUUGGAUCUUCUUGUUGCUUGUCUGGUCAAUCCGAUCAUUUAUCAUCGACCAAAGCUGAUGGACAAAUUUCCAUUACUGUAUUUGCAUAAUGAGAAGAUUGCGCAUCAUGACGACUUACUCGGGUUACUUUAUCGUGUUCGCCAACGUGAAGUGCAUUUCAAAAACUAA